GACACGCCCUCGUCCUUCCUUUUGUGUUUCUUUAGAUUCUUGAAAAUAACUUAACGGCAUCAAGAAACGGGCGUUACUGUCGACUGUGACAAAAUGCCUUGUCUUUACAUUACUACAAACGUGAAUAUGGAGGGCGUUGACACCGAUCCGUUCUACUUGGAAGUCACGAAAGCCGUCGCUUCCAUCGUCGGACGGCCUCAGAAUUUGGUGAUGGUGGUGCUGAAGGGAUCAAUAGAGAUAGUUUUCGGUGGGAACAAAGAAGCAGCUGCAUAUGCAGAGAUUGUGUCUAUGGGAGGCAUCACUAAACAAGUUAAGAGACAGCUUAUCGCAACCGUUGGUUCUAUUCUACACUCUCAUUUUUCUAUUAAUCCUACUCGUUUUAUCUUAAAAGUUUUUGAUAUGCAAGCUUUGCCUCUUCCUUCUAAGCUAUAGUUUUAUUAUCUGUUUAUUGGUCAUCAAACAAAAAAAUUAAAUCAUUGGUUGGUAUUAUUCGAGUU